CACUUUGAUCGUCUGUUGACAAUGUUGAAAUCUUCAGAAACAUUCCAAAUAAGAUAACAAAACAAUGGACUUUCGAAAUGCCCGUGCCAGGCAGCCGGAAAUCGUGCGAUCCGUGCAAAAGGAUGCUCGAUAUACGAACGAACUGGCAGAGGACUUCUCGGAUGUGCUGCGCCUCACCGGUCCGCGCAAUUGGAUUAAAUUCAAUCAAAUGUGCAAACUGCUGGCGGAGCUCAGCUAUCAUGGAUUCGCCUCGAUGAACAACCUGCAGACACUGGGCGAGGAAUACACGGGCAUCAUACAGGUGGACGGCAACUACAAGCAAAUACCCAGUCGACUGAUGCAACUACUUGCCAUUGUGCUAGAGUUUGGUGGGGAUGCGCUGUUUCUGAGAUUACUGCAAAAGCUGGAGCUGUACAUAGCCAGUCACGAGGAGAUACGACCCGAGGCCAAGCUGCAGCUGAAGAAGGUCAUCCAUCGCCUGAAGCAGUCGCCCGGCUAUGUGAAGGCCCUGCACAAGUCGCUCUUUUACCUGAACUCCAGCAAGUACCAGCUGUCCAAGCGCACCACUGGCAUCAACUACGUGCUCAUCCGUCACUGGCUGCAGCCAGAGUUCUCGCUUUAUGGCUACAAGAUUCUGGGCGUCAUUACAUUCCUGCAGGUGACCGUCUCCCUGGCCAUCAGCAGCUGGGAUGCCUGGCGGGAGCACAAGCGGCAGCAGCUCGAGUCGCUCAAGUCAACGGGCAAACGUUUCCUGCAGCGCGCAACGAGUGUCAAGAGUCAUGCGGACGGCGAUGCACCGCAGUGCAUACUCUGCCUGGAGCCGCGCACCAACUGCAGCCUGGCGCCAUGCGGCCACAUCUUCUGCUGGAGCUGCAUUCUGGAGUGGCUGGAGGAGCGCGACGAGUGCCCGCUGUGCCGCGAGUCCCUGAAGAAGUCGCAAGUGAUACAACUGCAGAAUUACGCCUAGGAUUAAUGUGUAUUUCGUUUUUUAUUUAAAACAGUUUCUAUGUACAUACAUCUUAUAUGAGGAGGAUUGUUGUGUCCUAACUAUAUGUUUAGUUCCUAAUUAUAAUUGUAUUUACAUUACGCUA